AUGCCCCGUGUGACUGCGCUCGGGGCCCUUGUGCCAUUGCUGCUGCCUCUCCUGGUACUGCUGCUGCCGCUGCCCCGCGACGCCGGGGGGCUCGGGGAGCGCUCGGACGCCACCUGGGACUCGUCGGCGCUGGAAGGCGAGGAGAGCGCGGAGCAGCAGCUGGAGCAUUACCAUGACCCGUGCAAAGCCGCUGUCUUUUGGGGAGACAUUGCCUUAGAUGAAGAGGACCUGAAGUUAUUUCACAUUGACAAAGCCCAUGACUGGGUCAAGCAGUCAGCGGGGGACAUGGGGCACAGCACAGGUGGGCUUGGAGAGCAGCCAUCUGGGAGCUGGCCAAAUGCUACAGCCACGAAUGCCAGCAGCGAGGAAGCCAGAGAGGAUGGAAAGGAGAACGCCCUGCUUCCACAGAGCCCCGGGACCUUGCAUGCUGGAGCUGAGACCUUCUCUCCCCGGGUCCGAAGAGCCACAACCUCAAGGACAGAGAGGAUAUGGCCGGGAGGGGUCAUCCCGUACGUCAUUGGCGGGAACUUCACUGGAAGCCAGAGGGCAAUUUUUAAGCAGGCCAUGAGACACUGGGAGAAGCACACCUGUGUGACCUUCAUAGAGAGGACAGAUGAAGAAAGCUUCAUCGUGUUCAGUUACAGAACGUGUGGUUGUUGUUCCUAUGUUGGGCGCCGAGGUGGAGGCCCACAGGCCAUAUCCAUUGGAAAAAACUGUGACAAGUUUGGCAUUGUGGCCCACGAGCUGGGCCAUGUGGUUGGGUUCUGGCAUGAACACACCCGCCCAGACAGAGACCAGCAUGUAACCAUCAUCAGAGAAAACAUCCAGCCAGGUCAGGAGUAUAAUUUCUUAAAAAUGGAAGCUGGGGAAGUGAGCUCUCUGGGAGAAAUGUACGACUUUGACAGCAUCAUGCACUACGCCCGGAACACCUUCUCAAGAGGAGUUUUCUUGGACACCAUCCUCCCCCGACGAGAUGACAACGGUGUCAGGCCAACCAUCGGCCAGCGCGUGCGGCUCAGUCAGGGAGACAUAGCUCAAGCCAGGAAGCUGUACAAAUGCCCAGCAUGUGGGGAGACCCUGCAGGACACGAUGGGGAACUUUUCUGCACCUGGUUUCCCGAACGGCUACCCUUCUUACUCCCACUGUGUCUGGAGGAUAUCAGUCACUCCAGGAGAAAAGAUCGUCUUAAACUUCACAUCCAUGGAUUUGUUUAAAAGCCGCCUGUGCUGGUACGACUACGUGGAGGUCCGGGAUGGUUACUGGAGGAAAGCCCCCCUGUUGGGGAGGUUUUGUGGUGACAAAGUCCCAGAGGCCCUCGUCUCCACGGACAGCCGGCUCUGGGUGGAAUUCCGAAGCAGCAGCAACAUCCUGGGCAAGGGCUUCUUCGCAGUAUAUGAAGCAACCUGUGGGGGAGACAUUAACAAAGACGCCGGUCAGAUUCAGUCUCCUAACUACCCGGAUGACUACAGACCGUCCAAGGAAUGUGUUUGGAGGAUUACCGUUUCGGAGGGGUAUCACGUGGGGCUUACCUUCCAAGCUUUUGAGAUCGAAAGGCAUGACAGCUGUGCAUACGACUACCUGGAAAUCCGUGAUGGCUUCACGGAAGACAGCGCCCUGAUCGGCCACUUCUGUGGCUACGAGAAGCCAGACGAUGUGAAGUCCAGCUCCAACAGAAUGUGGAUGAAGUUCGUGUCCGACGGCUCUAUCAAUAAAGCUGGCUUUGCAGCCAAUUUUUUCAAGGAGGUGGAUGAGUGUUCCUGGCCAGAUCACGGCGGGUGUGAGCAGCGCUGCCUGAACACUCUGGGCAGCUACAAGUGCAUGUGUGAGCCUGGCUAUGAGCUGGCUGCUGACAAGAAGGCCUGUGAAGUGGCCUGUGGCGGUUUCAUUACCAAGCUGAAUGGAACCAUCACCAGUCCCGGGUGGCCGAAGGAGUACCCUACGAACAAAAACUGUGUCUGGCAAGUGGUGGCCCCCGCUCAGUACCGGAUCUCCCUUCAGUUUGAAGUGUUUGAACUGGAAGGCAAUGAUGUGUGUAAGUAUGACUUCGUGGAGGUGCGCAGCGGCCUGUCCCCUGAUGCCAGACUGCACGGCAAGUUCUGCGGCUCUGAGACGCCCGAGGUCAUUACCUCGCAGAGCAACAACAUGCGCGUGGAGUUCAAGUCCGACAACACGGUCUCCAAACGCGGCUUCAGGGCGCAUUUCUUCUCAGACAAGGACGAGUGUGCCAAGGACAACGGCGGCUGCCAGCACGAGUGUGUCAACACCUUUGGGAGCUACCUGUGCAGAUGCAGGAACGGCUACCGGCUCCAUGAGAACGGGCAGGACUGCAAAGAGGCCGGCUGUGUACACAAGAUCAGCAGCGCAGAGGGGUCCCUGGUGAGCCCCAACUGGCCUGACAAAUACCCGAGCCGGAGGGAGUGCACCUGGAACAUCUCUUCAACCGCGGGUCACAGGGUGAAACUCACGUUUAAUGAAUUCGAGAUUGAGCAGCACCAGGAAUGUGCCUACGACCACCUGGAACUGUACGACGGGCCUGACAGCCAGGCCCCCGUCCUCGGCCGUUUCUGCGGCAGCAAGAAGCCGGACCCCGUGGUGGCCUCGGGCAGCAGCCUGUUUCUCCGGUUUUAUUCAGACGCCUCGGUGCAGAGGAGAGGAUUCCAGGCUGUGCACAGCACAGAGUGUGGGGGCAGGCUGAAGGCCGAAGUGCAGAGCAAAGAGCUCUAUUCCCAUGCCCAGUUUGGGGACAACAACUACCCGAGCCAGGCCCGCUGCGACUGGGUGAUCGUGGCGGAGGACGGCUACGGCGUGGAGCUGAUCUUCCGCACGUUUGAGGUCGAGGAGGAAGCUGACUGCGGCUACGACUACAUGGAGGCGUUCGACGGCUACGACAGCACGGCGCCCAGGCUCGGCCGCUUCUGCGGCUCCGGGCCAUUGGAAGAAAUCUACUCUGCAGGGGAUUCUCUGAUGAUUCGAUUCCACACUGAUGACACCAUUAACAAGAAAGGCUUUCAUGCCCGGUAUACCAGUACCAAGUUCCAGGAUGCCCUACACAUGAAGAAAUAA